UUUAGUUUACGUUUGACCCUGCACGUCAGUACGCCACAAAGUGCUGGAAAACGCAACCACUCUGCCGCGGCGCGAUCGCUAGAACACGCUCGUAGCUGGCCCUGAUUGUAAUUGGCUAACCAAAAUAAGCAAAACCAAACCACGAUACGGGAUGAGACAGCCAUAGAUAAUGCUGGGCAGGGUCAUCUUCUGCGUGGUGAUCGCCGCGGCCAUCCUCGCCGUCGUCCUGCUCGCCACCGUCUCCCCUGUCCCUCACCGGUCCGCCGGCCGCGACAAGUCCUCCCAGGGCGUCCGAGCUAUCACGGUGUACAUACAUCCGGCGGCCUCAGCUGGAAGCGCGAGGCGGCAGCGGCGAGGCCCCGCGCAUGAAGACGAACAGGUGGCGAGCGCGAUGGUGUUCCGCCACCAGAUGACGUCGGGGCCCGAGAUCACGUCGAGAAGCGUCGGCGCAGCAUCGGGGUUUGUGCUCCCGGGCGACCGUGGCUCGGCGGUGAUGUCGGUGUUCGACACGGUGCAUCUGGCGUUCGACGCGCCGGGGCUGUCCGGCAGCGUCUGCGUCGAGGCUGCCAGGAGCAAGAAGGCCUCGCCGCGGCGCGCGGGGGACGGUGAGGAGGUGCUCCGUGUGGUGGGCGGCACGGGCUCGUUCGCGUUCGCGCACGGGCACGCCGUCGUGCGCGCCGAGCGGAGGCACCGGCUGGACGGCGGCGGCGCCUCGUCGGCGUUGCGCCUUGAGCUGAGCGUGACGUCCGCGGGGUAAAAACCACUAACAGGUGUGCGUGCGUCCGUGAGCGAUGUGUUAUUCCGUUCUUUUACUGUCUUUUUGCUAUGGUUGAUCUCACAGUAUAAUUCCGUGACUGUAAUGCUGCUUUGCUGCUGAUAGCGUGACACGCCAAACCGUGCGUAGUCACUGGUUUGUCCCCUUAUAUUUUGA